UUGUGUCUGUCAGAGCUAUCUCACUGGCCUGUACCUAGAGGGGGCACUUACACUUUGGAAACCACAGCUUAUGCUCUUCUUGCUCUUGUCAAGACUCAGAACUUUGAAGAUGCCAGACCUGUUGUGAGAUGGUUCAACACACAACAGAAGCUGGGCGGAGGCUAUGGAUCAACUCAGGCUACUAUAAUGGUCUAUCAAGCUGUAGCAGAGUACUGGAUCAACGCUAACGAACCACAGUAUGAUCUGAAUGUGGACAUCAAGUUGCCAGGAAGGUCGGCACCUGAAAAGUACAAUUUCAAUCAGAACAACCACUAUGCCACAAGAACGUCUAAGUGAGAAGAAAUUAACGAUAUAAACCAGGACAUCACAGUGACUGCUAGGGGAACAGGAGAAGCAACAGUGACAUUGGUAUCACUGUAUUACGCUAAGCCCAAAGAACGGGAGAGUGACUGCCAGAAUUUUACCCUCUCAGUGGAUCUCGUAGAAGGUACUUUGAUAAAAAUCAAUGCAACUGAAAAGAUAUACAAACUUAGGAUAGAGGUCAUGUAUAAGAACAGGGAUCGUGAUGCAGGCAUGUCAAUCUUGGAUAUUGGCUUACUAACUGGUUUUGCUGUUGAAACAAAAGACCUGGAUUUGUUGUCUAGAGGACGUGGCCGCACCAUAUCAAAAUAUGAGAUGAACAAAGUCCUGUCAGAAAGAGGCUCACUCAUCAUUUACUUGGACAAGGUUUCUCACACACGACCAGAGGAAAUUGCUUUUAGGAUCAAACAGGAAAUGCCGGUGGGCGUCUUACAACCCGCAGCCGUAUCUGUCUAUGAAUACUAUGAACAAACACGCUGUGUGAAAUUCUACCAUCCAGAGAGGGAAGCUGGAAAACUACUGCAGCUCUGUAGAGAUAACAUAUGCACAUGUGCUGAAGAGAACUGCAGUAUGCAGAAGAAGGAAAAAAUCCCCAAUGAUGACCGCCAAGCUAAGAUUUGUGAAAGUACAGAGACCAGCAAAGUAGACUUUGCUUACAAAGUACUGGUUGAAGAGGUUGUAGAAGAGUUGUCCACAGACAGUCACAAAGUCAAAGUGCUGGACCCCAUCAAAGAAGGGAGUCUUGAUGUUGGUCCACUGAAUAAACAGCGCAUAUUUCUCAGUUAUCAACACUGCAGAGAAGCUUUAAGUCUGGAACAAGGAAAAACCUACCUUCUCAUGGGCUCAGAUAAAGAUAUUCACCGAGAUGACAAAAAGAAUACAUUCGAGUACGUAAUUGGUGAGAGAACCUGGGUUGAGUAUUGGCCUACAGCAGAAGAGUGUCAGACUGACAAAUACCGGGAUACCUGCUUGGGCUUGGAGGAGAUGGUCAAUCAGUACUCACUCUUUAGAUGCAUCGACUAGUAAAACAAAAAACAUUUCAAAUCUUGUUAUUCUGCUGUUUUUACAAUUUUCUGUAAAACAGAAACUGUUAUAAGGGUUUCACCAUUUUACUGCAAUGAUUAAAAUGUAUUAAAAUUUG